AAGGGACGGCAGACAGGAGGAGUGACGGGGUGGAGAAGAAAGGUCCCAAAACGAAGGAGACGAGAGGGCCAGAGAAGGGGGCGACUGUCGAAAGACAAGACGGAAAGGAGGAAGCAGGCCCGGGGAGAACGCGACGAGAGGAYGACACAGGAAGGACGRAGAAUGCACUGAGUGGAGCUAAGCCCACAGAGACUGCAGAGGAGACUACCACACCACAGACAGUAAGAUCCGAAACAGACAUGGAUAUAGAGGAACAAAUAAAACAACUGAGAAAAAGACAGAAUACCCAGAGGCAUAUGAGGAAUAAUAAGAAAAGUAAAACUAAGGAAAAAACUAAAGGAAAAUAACAAUACUAAUAAUGUUAACAAUAAUUUCAAUAAAUGCAAGGGGGAUAAAGAACAAAAACAAAAGACAUCAGAUAUAUGUGAUGAAAGAGGUGGAGGGGAUGGUAAACUAUUGUUUGUGGGAAGGGAAGGGAGUUAGAAUAGCAAGGGAAGUACAAGAAAAUGAGUAUGAGGACGGGGGACUGAAACUAGUUAAUUUAGAGGGAAAAAAGAAAGCACUAAGGGUGAAAAUGAUGGYGAGAUACUUAAAAGAUAACAGGGAUCAAGUGUGGAAGGUGUUUUUGGGAGAUGCAAUAAAUAAAUGUGGAGGAUGUGGAGAGAGUGGAUUGYUCAUGGAACUAAAAAAAGGAAUGAUGGAUGGGGUGACUGAAAUAUACAAAGAGAUGCUUGGAGCGUGGGGAGAGUUUGUGAGAGGAGUGAAGUAUGAAUGCAAGAAUGUGAGACAGGUAUGGGAGCAACCAGUGUUUUUAAAUCCAAARAUUAUGGCACAGGGAGAAACUAUUUUCAACAGGGUGAUAUGGAGGGCAGGGAUAAGAAAGGUAAGGGAUAUGUUGUAUGAGUACAUAUCAGGUUUCAUGGGAGCACAGGUUAUUGUGGAUGAAGUUAGAGGGAAUUGGGAGGAAAUAUGGCUGGGCACAGCAAAAGGAGUAAUAGAGAAAAUAAAGACAGCAAUGCCUAAAGAAUGGAUGGAAAUGAUUGAGAGAGAGAGUGUGGUGAGGGGGGAAGAUAAAAUAGAGAUGUAUGUGGGAGAAGGAGAAUGCAAGGUGAGACUGGCAAAUGUGAAAACCAGAGUGAUUUAUAAAUGUAUGAGAGGGAAAGAGAUAAGGAGACCGGCUGCAGAGAAAGUGUGGAUCAAAGUUAUGAAUGGAAUGGAUGUGGAGAGCAUAUGGGAGAAUCUGGGAGUGAAAAGAAUAGCAUUGAAUGCAAACACUUUGAUUUCAUGCUAAGGCACAACCGGAUUUUUUAUAAUCUAAUAAUAAGUAAGUUUGAGUGCAAUGUUGAAAAGGAAUGUGAUGUAUGUGGGGAGAGAGUGGAAAUAUGUAUACAUGAGUUUGUUGAAUGUAAAGAACUAAGGGGAUAUUUUUAAAAAAUAAAGAUGUUAAUCAAUAAAUGUUGGAAAGGGRAAUGGGCAGAGAGAAUGGAAUGGAAGAAGCUGUGGCUGUUUGGUGUGAAUGAAAGAAAGAAGGGAUGCAAUGUAAACCUUAUGAACUAUGUACUGAGCCAUGCAAGGUAUGCAGUUAAAAUAAGAAGGAACAAGGCUCACUACGAGAAAAGGAAAUGUGAUGUAUGGACUGUUUUUAAAAACGUAACAGAAAGAGAUGUGAGACAGAUA